CGGCGGCCAGUCUGAUUGACAGUGCGCGCGCGGCGCCGGCGGUGUGUGUGUGUGAGAGCGGCGUGCGGCCGCCCAGACUGUGCUGCAGCGAGACGAGACGCGCGCGCGCGCCGCAAUGAUGCGGACCGCGGUGUGAUCGGAGCGAGCGAGAGCGUGCGGGCCGCCCGGCCGACAGACUGACGACGCGACCAUGGCCGGCACCCGCCCGGAGGAGUACGGCCUCUCCCACUUCGGUGGCAUGGACGGCAUGGCCGGCGGCAUGUACGACCCGCACGGCCAGCGGUCGCUGCACUCGCUCAGCAUGAGCCACUCGCCGGCGCACAUGACGCACGGCAUGCACGCGUACCAGGCGGCCGCCAACCACGUGUCGCCGCCUUCGCACCACGUGAUGGGCGCCGCCACAGCCGUGCCCGACGCUCAGAAGCGGGAUAAGGACGCCAUCUACGCGCACCCGCUGUUCCCUCUGCUGGCGCUCAUCUUCGAGAAGUGCGAGCUGGCCACAUGCACGCCGCGGGACCCGGGCGUGGCCGGCGGCGACGUCUGCAGCUCCGAGUCCUUCAACGAAGACAUCGGCGUCUUCAGCAAGCAGAUUCGAGCAGAAAAGCCAUACUACAGUCCAAACCCGGAGUUAGAUAGUCUAAUGGUGCAAGCGAUUCAAGUGUUGCGGUUUCAUCUGCUCGAAUUAGAAAAGGUUCACGAGUUGUGCGACAACUUCUGCCACCGCUACAUCAGCUGUUUGAAGGGCAAAAUGCCGAUAGACUUAGUGAUCGACGAGCGGGACAGUGGUGCGGCCAAGACGAGUGACCACGGCCACGGCGACACUAACAACAACAGUGGCAACUCGCGCGCGUCGGCCGAGGCCAGCCAGGAUGGCACCAGCACGCCAGACAUCAUGCGGACGUAAUCGAAUUCACGUCUCGUGCGUCUACAACGGGGAGACAACAAGCGCUGGAUAGACUGGAAGUCGGCGCCUCUACACUGCGCCUGCGUCGGCCGAGCCGGGCGCACAGACAGACAAACCGAGCGGGCGCGAGCGCGGGCGCGGGCGGGGCAGGCGCGGCGCGCGGGG